AUUUGCUUUUCUCAAAAUUGAAGGAAUAAAAAAUAAAAAUAAAAAAAAUCUGAGAUUUUGCAGGACAAUAGAGGAAAUUGGAAAAAAACUGAGGAUAUUAUUGUUGCCCAGGAGCCACGACCUCCAUUUUGUUUAUUCUUUGUGUGUGUGGUUGUGGUGCGAAGAGUCGGAGUGAAAAAUGGAGAGUGCGAUUAGUUGCGGACGAGUUGCUCUUUCCCCUAAUCAAAUAUUCCAACCCAUACCCGCGGAUAAGUACCCACGUCAUAAGCAAUGCACAAGCCGGAGCUCAUUUACGUCAAUGCCAAUAGCUGCUUUAGGGAAAGGCGGUGGCGGGAUUUUGGAGAAGCCUGUCAUAGAGAAAACAGCUCCUGGACGUGAAUCUGAGUUUGAUCUGAGGAAAUCGAAAAAAAUGGCUCCUCCUUAUCGAGUUAUGCUGCACAACGACAAUUACAAUAAAAGGGAGUACGUUGUGCAAGUUCUAAUGAAGGUUAUUCCUGGAAUGACCCUCGACAAUGCUGUAAAUAUAAUGCAAGAAGCACAUUAUAAUGGGCUAUCAGUUGUAAUAAUAUGCGCUCAAGCAGAUGCCGAAGAACACUGCAUGCAGCUCAGAGGCAAUGGGCUUUUGAGCUCGAUUGAACCUGCUAGUGGUGGUUGCUGAGUUUAAUAGAAUGUAAACUAUGUUGCUGCUGCAUAAUGUACAAAAAAAGCCUUUAUACUGGAUGGUAUUAUAUCUUGUGUGAACUCUCUGUGGCUUUUACAUGCUACUUUAGGCGAACCGUUAAUUGCAUUUAUUUAUGGUGUUCGGUAAA